AUGAGCAAUGGCGGACGAGAACAUGACUCAGAACUAUCAACCCUAGCAACAACCAACGUGGAGCCAAAUGGCACAGCAAUGGAAUAUCCAGAGGGUGGCACUACCGCCUGGGUGGUUGUAGCUGGGGCAUCCAUGAUGCUUGCCUGCACAUUUGGCAUGAUGAGCACAGUGGGAGUUCUCCAAUCAUUCUGGGAAACCCACCAACUAAAGGCCUACACUUCAAGCACGAUAGGAUGGAUCCCAUCCAUAUUCAUAUUCCUCAAUCUCGUGCUAGGUCUUCAGGUUGGGCCGAUGUUCGAUCGAUAUGGGCCUCGAUGGAUCAUGCUCAUCGGCUCAGUGUGCUAUACUAUUUGCAUAUUCUUGCUUGGAUCCUGUGAGAAAUACUACCAAUUCAUGAUAUGUCUGGCGCUAGGUGGUGCAAGCAGUGCGCUUGUGUCGACACCUGCAAUGGCAAUAUUGUCGCAUUGGUUUUGUCGAAGGCGUGGCACUGCUACUGGUAUCGCCAUGGCGGGCUCGAGCCUUGGUGGGAUUACUUUCCCCCUAAUAUUGAGAAAGACGUUGGAGAAAGUUGGGUGGGGGUGGGCACUGAGAAUAUUGGGGUUAAUUUUCUUCGUGCUUCUGGUGAUCGGGAAUAUCUGUGUGAGAAGUCGACUGCCGAUGAAAUCCAGGAGGACGAUUGUUGAUAUGCGCUGCUUUGCGGAUUCAAGGUUCAUCUGGACGACCGUCGGGGCUUUCUUCAGUGAGAUUGUCUUAUUCGCUUCUUUGGGGUUGAUACCGACAUACGCAAUAUCCCAAGGAUUUGGCCCAGAGACCGGAGUGUAUCUCCUGGUCGUGUUGAAUGCUGGAUCUGCGUUUGGGCGAUGGCUAUCAGGAACGGCUUCCGACUACUGCGGCCGCUUCAACACCAUGACGGUCAUGAUGGCAAUAACGACUUGCUUCAUAUUUGUCUUGUGGUACCCGUUCGGUCGUUUCAUCGGUGUUCUCUACCCAUUCGCCUUUCUUCUCGGCUUCGGGACCGGAAGCAUACUCAGCCUCACUCCGGUCUGUGUUGGCCAAAUAUGUGGGACUGAAGAGUUUGGCCAAUGGUUUGGAACGUGCUAUUUUGUUGCAAGCUUUGGAACCCUCAUUGGUAUUCCAAUCGGUGGACAAUUGCUAGAAGUCGCUGGCCCUUCGCGCCUCAUCGCCUUCCUUGGUGGCAUACUCGGGUUGGCCUGUACCAGUUUUAUUGUAGCACGAUGGGCAUGUUUGGAGUAUCACUGGAGCUGGCAGGCGAAGGUCUGA